AGUAAACAAGGAACAGUAGCGCAUCAGAGAAGCAAGGCCGCCAGCGACCAGGCAGGCAAAGAACCGAAGAAUCGGGCUGAUAUCCUCAAGGUGCACCUGCGAUCUGUGAACCAUGAUCCAACUGUGCUCUGUGAUGAAUGGGCUGCACGCACUGAUGGAUGGACUGGAGCAGACCUGAAAGCGUUAAUUACGAACGCUCAGUUCGACGCCAUGAGAAAUACCUCCGUU